CCCAGCCCUCGGCGCCACGCCCGCCCCAGACGCCCAGCCCUAGACAGCCAGACCCAGACCAGACCCAUCCGCCCAGCCCCCUCCGGCCACAAGGGAGGCGCGAGGGAGUGGGGAAGAGACGACGCCGGGGCCGCCACCACCGGAGCAGACGCCCAGGAGGGAGACCCCGUUUGGCCGCCUUCGCCGCCUCGCCGCCCGCAGCCAUGGAAAGGGGCCUGGUGGUCCUCUGCUCCCUUCUGGUCCCAGUGAUGUUGGCAGAAGUGGCUGACCAAGAGAAGGAGAAGGACCCCUUCAAAUAUGAUUACCAGACCCUCCGGAUCGGCGGCCUGGUCUUUGCUGUGGUCUUCUUCACUGUCGGGAUCCUCCUCAUUUUGAGCAGGCGGUGUAAGUGCAGCUUCAACCAAAAGCCAAGGGUUCCGGGAGAUGCAGAGGCACCAGGAGAAAAUCUGAUUGCCUCAAAUGCAACUGGAGCACAAAAAGCUGAGAACUGAGUGGAAGUCAUGAGAUCCAGAGACCAGACGAUGGACGCCUGGCAGACCCCCUCCCUGGACACUGACACCACCGCCGCCGUGAGAGGAGGAGAGCAAUGGCAACGCUGCUGUCCUGCUGGCUGGUGUAUCCCCCAAGAGCCUUGGUUCUCUCUUUCAGUGUGAAACCCCCCCCCCCAUUGCCAGGGCAGUCCAGUGUGUGAUGUUUGUGGUAACUGUAGCCUCCACUUAGGUGUUGUCGUGUGAGUCUGUCACUCUUUGCCUCCCUCCAUCUUUGUGCCGUUGUGACGUGGUGAUGGUGCACUGUCUUUGGAGGAGGGGGGAAGGAGGCAGCCCUGGGGUCAAGGCCCAACAUCCCUUUGAGGAGGAGCAGCUGGGGCUUUCUGUAGCCCCAGGGCUGCUGCCAAUAGGGCCCAGUGGGAAGAGGGGUACAGGAUUCUAGCCCUGGCUGUCUACCAUGCGCAAAUGUCUCUGGCUGGGCCCCCAUAUCCCAGAACACCCAUUCCCCACUGACCCUCUCCCUCAUUCAGAAAGGCCUUUGUGUGGGGUAGGGGUCCCUCUCCCCCCACCCACAGCACCACCCAGCCACAUUCUGUUCUUUCUCUGGGGUGGGGGCCAGAGAAGGGGAGGAGGGCUGUCUUGAGGGGAGGGAGGAGGCCUGCCUUGGGGGGCUGGAACUGAACCCUCUCCUUCAGGUUCAGGCUCCAGCCCCCUCCCCCUUAGCACAGCCUUCCGCCAGGCCAGGCAAGACCCUCACUCACAUUCACGUGGGCUUGACGUUGGGUGAACUUUGCAGACAAGACCCCCAUUGUGCAACUUGGCUGAGCCUCCACUUGCUCUGUGUCUGGCCAGCCUCUCUGCCCUGUGCAGAUCCCAUGUACACACACCCCAGCACCAUACCCCCCAGAUCCAGCCAUUGGCAAGAUCUUGAGCCCCCCCCCCCCAGUAUUUUUGAAGAGGGCUUUGCAAAACCUCCAUGAGCGGAGGCGCUCCUCCCUGAGGCUUGAUGGCUGCUCAGAGCCUGAGAGUGGUCCGAGGUCAGCCUGGCAGGGAAGGAAGCUCCUGGUCUGGCCACCCUUUGACCCUCAGUGCUGUUUUUCCCCAGUGGGCCCCUUCCCCACAGGCUGAGCUUUGGCCUUAGGAAGAGGGGCCACAAGUGCUGGGUUUGGAGGGAUCUCUUCCUCCAGCCUUCCUUCCUCCCAUCGGGUGGGUGCUCUGCCAGGCUCUGCCUUCUGUGGAAAGGGCUAGUGGUGCUUGCCACUCCAGCCACGCUUUGCCCGCCUGCCCCCCUCCAUGCCCCCCUUGUGUUGCUGCUGUUGUGUCUGUGGUGUCCCGUUGGUGAACAGCCAUUCCUCGCCUGCCCAGUGGGUUGGAGCCCAGCCAUGCAAGUGUCAUGACUCUGCCAACCAAGCCCACUGACCCACCCACCGACCCACUCUUCCGUGAUCAAGGACUCCUGCAGUUUCUUUCCUGUGUUGUGUCCCACAUCCCAAGAAGGGAAAAAGAUAAAAUGGAAUAAAACCUUGUUUCUA